AUGUGUCGUCAUACUAACAACUCCACCGAUGGUGCUAGUCUUGUCCCUCUGGAUAGGGAAGUUUUACCAAAUAACGUUAAACCCCUUCAUUAUGAUUUAACCAUUGAACCAAUCUUUGAAAAUUUCACUUUCACUGGGGAAGAAACUGUUGAUUUCCAUGUCAUUGAAAGAACUGACUAUAUCACUUUGAAUUCUCUUGAAAUUGAAAUCCAAGAAGCUAAAUUAAACGACGUUACAGUUCCUUAUGAAUUUGAUGUUGCCAAACAAACUGUUACUUUCAAGUUUGAUGAUCACUUAGUUGAAGGUGCUGAUGCUAAGUUAUACCUUAAAUUCACUGGUACCUUGAAUGAAAAUAUGUGUGGUUUCUAUAGAUCUUCUUAUAAAGAUAAUGGUGUCACCAAAUAUUUAGCUACCACCCAAAUGGAAGCUACUGAUUGUCGUAAAGCUUUCCCAUGUUAUGAUCAACCUGCUGCCAAAGCUAAAUUCACCAUUAAUAUUGUCACUCAAAAGGAAUUGACUGCCUUAUCUAAUAUGGAUGUAAGGGAAACCACUUUAUUAGGUGAUGAUAAAAAGGUUGUUUCCUUCAAUACUACUCCAAUUAUGUCUACUUAUUUAGUCGCAUUUGUGGUUGGUGAAUUGAAAUAUGUUGAAAACAACGAUUAUAGAGUCCCAAUUAAAGUGUAUGCUACUGCUGAUACUGAAAACUUAGGUGUCUAUGCUGGUGAAAUUGCCGCAAAGACUUUGAAAUUCUUUGACAAGAAAUUCGAUAUUGAAUAUCCUUUGCCAAAAUUAGAUAUGGUUGCCAUUCCAGAUUUUGCUGCUGGUGCUAUGGAAAACUAUGGUUUAGUGACUUAUAGAACCGUUGAUCUUUUAAUUGAUACCGCUAAUACCAAUGCUGCUACUCAACAAAGAGUCACUGAAGUUGUUAUGCACGAAUUAGCCCAUCAAUGGUUUGGUAAUUUAGUUACCAUGGAAUUCUGGGAUGGUUUAUGGUUAAAUGAAGGUUUCGCAACUUGGAUGUCUUGGUAUGCUGCCGAUGCUUUAUUCCCAGAUUGGAAAGUUUGGGAAUCAUAUGUUUCCGAUAAUCUUCAACAAGCUUUAAGUUUAGAUUCUUUAAGAGCUUCUCACCCAAUUGAAGUUCCAGUUAAAAGAGUUGACCAAAUCAGUCAAAUUUUCGAUGCUAUCUCAUAUUCUAAGGGUUGUGCUUUAUUAAAGAUGGUUUCAAAAUGGUUAGGUGAAGAAGUUUUCGUUUCAGGUGUUUCUCUUUACUUAAAGAGAUUUAAAUGGGGUAACACUUACACUUCCGAUUUAUGGGAUGCUUUAAGUGAAGUCAGUGGUAAAGACGUUAAUACUGUCAUGAACAUUUGGACUAAAAACGUUGGUCAUCCAUUAGUUAAAGUUGAAGAAGUUGAUGAUAAACUUGUCUUUACUCAAAACCGUUUCUUAACUACCGGUGAUGUCAAACCAGAAGAAGAUCAAAUUUUAUACCCUGUCUUCUUAGGUAUUAGAACUUCCGAAGGUAUUGAUGAAACUGUUGUCUUACUGGAAAGAUCUAUUACCAUCCCUAAACCAGCCAAUUUCGUUAAGAUCAACGCUGAUCAUUCCGGUGUUUACAGAACUGCUUAUGAACCAGCCCGUUGGACUCAAUUAGGUGAAGCUGGUGCUGAAGGUAAGCUUACUGUUGAAGAUCGUGUUGGUUUAGUUUCUGAUGCUAGUGCUUUGGUCUCAUCUGGUUUAAUUGAAGCUACAGCUUUAUUCAAUUUAGUUAGAACCUGGACCGAAGAAAGCAAUUACGUCGUUUGGGAAUCUAUCUUAGCCAAGAUUGCAUCUGUUAAACUGAUCUUUAUCUUUGAUGAUGAAUCAAUUAAAGAAGGUAUUGACGCUUUCGUUCUUGAUUUGAUCGCUCCAAAGUUGAAAGAAGUCGGUUGGGAAUUCUCUGAUAAGGAUAGUUUUUCAUCUCAAAAAUUAAAGAGUGUUUUCUUUGCUUCUGCUGUUAGUUCUGGUCAUAAAGAAGCUGUAGAAUUUGCUGCCAAUGCUUUCGAAGCUUACAUUAAGGGUGAUAAAAAGGCCAUUAAUCCAAAUUUGAGAGCUUCUAUUUUCAAUUAUGCUGCUAAAGUUGGUGAUGAAAACACUUUUGAACAAUUGUUGGAUAUUUACAAGACUUCAGAAUCCGUUGAAGUGAGAAUCUCAGCUUUAAGAGCAUUAGGUAGAUUCAAUAAACCAGAAAUCUUAGAUAAAGUUGUUGCUUUAUUAUUACAAACUGAUGUCAUCAAACAACAAGAUAUUUACAUUCCAAUGCAAGGUUUAAGAGCUCACAAGGAAGGUAUUAAUAAAUUAUGGUCUUGGUUAACUGAAAACUGGGAUCCUAUCUAUGAAUUAAUUCCUCCAAGUAACUCUAUGUUAGGUUCAAUUGUUAUUAUUGCCACCUCAUCUUAUACCAAACAAGAGCAAAAAGAAGCUGUUGAAAAAUUCUUUGCUGAAAAGGAUACUAAGGGUUAUGAUCAAGGUUUAGCUAAGGCUCUUGAUAGUGUUAGUGCUAAGAUCAAAUCAGCCAAACGUGAUAUUGCUCCAAUUUCAAACUGGUUAUCAGUUAAUGGAUAUUCUAAAUGA